AAUGGAGUGUUUCUGAUGACUUUGUACGAUUGAUUGGUCAAGUUGACGACAUAAAUUUGUAGUUUGUGUGUGGAGGUCAUGUGUAUAACAGCUGAGAACGCAUUAAAUUGAAGGGUUUUUCGUUCGGUUUUAUUAAUUUUAUUUAAUUAAACAAAUUUUUUUCCAUUUACUUUACGAAAGUGUGAGUUUGUGAAUUCCAACUGUGGAAAAGAUCUCAAAUGUCAAAUGAAAUCGUAAAAUUUGUGAACUGUCGCUUGGUACGUAACCAUGAACUAAUCAAGGAAGAUCUUUGGAUACGAAAUGGAAAAAUUAUUAAUCCAGAGCCAGUUUUCUUUGACGAGAAACUGCAGUUUAUUGUUUUAUUCUGUUUGUCAGGCUCACAGGCAAAUCGACUGCGGAAACUCUAUUAUUGCUCCUGGAUACAUUGAAUUACAAAUAAAUGGUGGACAUGGUGUGGAUUUCUCACACGAUGUGGAUACAGUCGCCAAUGGCAUCGAAAAAGUCGCUAAAGAGCUACUCAAAAACGGAGUUACUUCUUUUUGUCCCACCAUUGUGACCUCACCACCAGAUACUUACCGAAAAAUUCUACCUCAAGUAACAGGCAAAACAAAAGGCGCACAAGUUUUGGGCUUGCAUUUAGAGGGCCCAUUUAUUAGUCCACUAAAGAAGGGAGCACAUCCUGAGGACUGCAUAAAGGAUAUUGAUAAAGGUAUUGAUUCUUUGAUGGACACUUACAGCAACUUGAACAAUGUAAAAAUUAUAACAAUAGCGCCGGAAAAGGAUCCUUCAGGAAGCGUCACAAAAACCCUUACACAUAUGGGCAUAACUGUGUCAUUGGGCCAUUCAGUAGCCAAUUUAUCACAGGGCGAGUUAGCUGUACAAAGUGGGGCCCGUUUGAUAACACACCUCUUCAAUGCGAUGCUUCCAUUCCAUCAUCGCGAUCCUGGUCUGGUUGGCUUACUGGCAUCCAAUAAUAUACCGGCCGGUCAGGAAAUAUAUUUUGGCAUCAUUGCAGAUGGCAUUCACACACAUCCAGCUGCUUUGCGCAUUGCACACCGCACCGAUCCUAAUGGUCUUAUUCUUGUCUCGGAUGCCAUAGCAGCUUUAGGUCUAGGCGAUGGUAAACAUCACUUGGGUCAAUUAGAGUUAGAGGUGCGCGAGGGUAAAGCUUAUAUUGCCGGUACAGAUACAUUGUGUGGUAGUAUAGCACCGUUGGAUACGUGUGUACGCAUUUUUAAGAAAGCCACAAAUUGUUCGACUGUUUACGCUAUUGAAUGUGCUACACUACAUCCGGCUCGUUGUUUAAAUAUGGCGGAAACUAAGGGUACAUUGAAUUUUGGCGCCGAUGCAGAUUUUAUUAUUUUGACAGAUGAGUUGUUUGUGCAAUCCACCUGGAUUAAAGGUGAAUGUGUUCACCAAUGUAAACCUGAGGAAUGGGCUGCGCUUUCCUCAAGACCUAUCGAGCAAUUAUGUGAAUGCAAUUAAAUUGAAAUAUACAUAUGUAUAUGCAUUUAUGAAAUAAACAUUCCAUUAUACAUGGCUAUUUUAAAACUUGAAAAAA